AUGGGAUUCUUAAUAAACGAUGAAAAAAAAAGUGAAAUAAUUAAAAGUAGUGAAGACCUUGAAAUACCUAGAAUAAAUGAUAUAUAUUUGAGUGAGUGUAAUGAAAAUGAUGGGUACAUUGGAAACUGUGAAAAUAAUAUAAAUACGUAUGGUAGUAGCGACAAAAAUAAGGUAAAAAAUGUUUUAGCAAGUGAUAAUUAUGUUGUUGAAACAACUGGUGAAGAUGCUACCCGAGUUGAGAGCAAAGAUAAUGAUUUAACUUAUGAUGGAACUGCACAAGAGGACGUAAACUGUGUAAAUAACAGUAACAAUAUAAAUAUGCAUGUCCAUGAAAACAAUUCAGGGAACAUAAACAUAUCUAACAAUUUUCUAUUUGAUAAAGAAAAUGAAAAUAUGUGUUCUAACAACACAUCAGCAACCACUAAUAAUGCGAAUAUGGAAACACAAAAAGAUAGCAAUGCCAAUGAAGAUGGCAACCUUCUUAUAAAUAAUACAAAAUUAAAUGAAACAUGUUCAAACAGUAACAAUGUGAUAAAUAAAACUUUUAAUAAAAAUAUGCGAAUUUUUCGAGCAACACCAUAUAAUACAAAUGAAUCUAUUUCAUCGAUUAAAAAAAAAAUAAAAAAAAAAAUUAAUGAAAAUGAUUAUUUAUUUUGUAUGAUUAAUAAAUUUUUAAGGGAUGGAUUGAAAAAUGAAUGUAUUCCCUUAUUUGAGAGGUUGCAACAAAAUUUAUUUUUUUUACAAUUUAACUAUCAUACAGACAUUUCAAUAUAUGCAACGAGCUUUCAUUUUGAUAUUAUCAAUGGUAAGGCUACGUGA